AUGAAGUUGAAGUUCUUGUCAGCCGUCUGGCUUGCUCAGCUUUGCCACUCGGCCACAGCGUUGCCCUCUCCUCCCCCGGCCGACGUCGUCUCCGUUGAAGCCAAUGGCCACAGCCGGUCCGUCCCGACCGAGGCCCAGGAACCGGCGCCACCCUCGGCCCUCGACCGCCGCGCCACGCUCCCUAGCCGCGACAAGUUCUACCUCCCCCCGGCCGGCUUCGAGUCCGCCGCACCCGGCACCGUCCUGCGAGACCGCCCCAUCCUCGCCGCCUUCCUCGGCAUCAUCCCGGACCUGACCGUCCGGGCGCACCAAGUCCUCUACCGCACCACCGCCGUCAACGGCACGCCCGUCGCCGCCGUCACCACCAUCUUCGCGCCGCUGCUGUUCGCCAAGAAGGACCGCCUCGUCACCUACAACACCGCCUACGACAGCGCCUGCGUCGACUGCAACCCCAGCUACGCCUUCCAGUUCGGCAGCCUGCCCACCAACGUGCUGCUCGCCGCCGACUUCCUCCUGCUGCAGGCCUACCUGGCCAAGGGCUACGUGGUCAACUCGCCCGACUACGAGGGGCCCGACGCCGCCUUCAGCGUCGGCCGGCUCGCCGCCACGGGCGUCCUGGACAGCAUGCGCGCCGCGCAGAGCUUCGGCAGCGCGAAGCUCGGCCUGGCGGCCAACGCGGCCAUGGUCGGAACGGGGUACUCCGGUGGGGGGCUGGCAACGGCGUGGGCGGCGGCGCUGCAGCCGACGCACGCGCCGGAGCUCACCAUCAAAGGGUGGGCGGUCGGCGGCGUGCCGGCCAACAUCACCGCCAUGGUGCCGUUCCUCGACGGCGGGCGCACGAGCGGCUUCCUGCCCGUGGCCAUUGCCGGCCAGAUGAAGCCCUCGGCGUACGGCGCGGAGCUGGCGCCCGUAUUCGACCGCAUCGUCACCGACGAGGGCCGCGCGGCCAUGCGCACCGCAAACACCCAGUGCGCCGUGCCCAACCUGCUCAAGUUCUCGGGCAAGUCCGUCCUCAGCACCAGCUUCCAGACGCUCGGCGACGGGUUCCUGCACGACCCGACCGUCUCCAAGGUGCUGGCGCGCGGGACGCUCGGCGUCGUCAGGGAGGAGACGCCGGCCGCGCCGGUCUACAUGUACCACGCGCAGCAGGACGAGGUCGUCGUGUACGGGCCGGCCUUUGACACGUACCAGCGCUGGUGCGCCAACGGGGCCGCCGUCAGCUUCGUCGCGUUUCCCACGGGAGGGCACGUUUCUACGGGGGCGUUCGGCGCGCCGGGGGCGGUAGACUUUGUGCAGCGGGCAUUUGAUGGGAGCGUUGCAACCUCGAGCUGCUCGUUCAAGACGGCCGGGGACACAUCGGUCAGCUCCUCGGCGCUGGGAAGCACGGCGCAGCCCGCUGCCGUGCAGCUCAACGCGCUGGUGGACGAGGUUGGCGUGGAUGAUGGCAAGUGGCUGGAUGGACUGGGGCAAGGACAAGCCAGUUCCUAA